AUAUGAUGGUCCCAUAUUUGUGUCGCCGCCCAGCAGGUGGCGAUUAUCGACCUUAAGUUUUGAGGAGUAGAUGAAGAAGAGUGAUCAUCAGCGCGCCCAGCCUUCCUUCACUUCCCCUAUACACUUCCCCUAGAGAGAGUGCGGGUUAGGGGUCUCGGCAGAGGAGUGGGGGUUUAGUGGCUAUUAUCUUAUUUGAGAGUGCAGGUGUUAUUUUGUACAUAAACGAAUAAAUAAAGUAUAUGUGUAACUAAAUAAACGGCCAGACCUCCUUAGUCCUUAGUCUGGGAUUAGGUGAAAGCAAGGGAGUAGGGGAAGUGAGCAUCGGGGUUUGUUGGAUUGGGACAGGCCCUGCGUUUAAAACUGCGUACCGCCAGACGUUGCAGCGAUUUGCAGCGUUUCUGUUUUUUUUUUCUUCAUUCUGUUACGGGCUUUGUAAUUGAACGUUCUGUUAUAGUUACGUUAGUUAACGCUAGCUAACUAUAUAUAGCUAGUUAAGAUUAAUCGCUAAGAUAGCUAACGGGCAGAGUUGGGAUAUGAGGUCUUGACAAGUAACUUAACUUAAGUUAGCUAGGUUAAUAACGGUAGAUAACUUAACCCAGGCUACUUUUAAAGUUCGUUAGCUAGCUAAAACAGUGUUUUAAUGACUUGUUAUUUCUCAUACCAGAGCAAUGGCAGUGUUUUAGCUACAGAUUUAGUAGCGCUGAGAUGUUUGUAUGAUCAACAGGCUGACUUUAGCUUCAGCUUUGUGAGCUGUAACUCUUUUAGAGGCGGUUAGUUAGGUUAGGUUAGGUUAGCAGUUUGGAGGACUGCGCUAGCUGGAGAAGGAAGGAGGUGCAGCGGUCGGUUUGUUUUUCUUUUGUCGUGUCUUGUCUUCGCCAUGGCGGAAGGAGUAAACUCCUCUUCUUUCAACUCUCGCGUCAAAAAAUCUACCAGCAGCAGCAGCGCGACAGCGACAACAAACGUGCGAAGAAGCAGCCGACAAACCAACAAGAGGGAAACUCAGAGCCGGGUUGUUCUUGAGAAGGUCUUGGGCAUCACCACCUCCAGCAGCAGUGGCUUGGCCUGUGACCCUCAUACGGGCUCUGUUGCAUAUCCUGCAGGAUGUGUGAUUGUCAUCCUCAAUCCAAAGAAAAACAAGCAGACACACAUCUUCAAUACAUCAAGAAAAACCUUCAGCGCCUUGGCAUUCUCCCACAAUGGAAAAUAUUUGGUCACUGGUGAGAGUGGACACAUGCCGUGUGUUAGGGUGUGGGACGUGGCAGAGCGUACACAAGUGGCAGAGGUCCAGUGUCACAAGUACGGCGUGGCCUGUGUUGCUUUUUCAACCACUGGCAGCUACAUUGUGUCUGUUGGGUACCAACAUGACCGAACUGUCAGUGUGUGGGAAUGGAAGAGAGGAACAGUUAUUGCCUCUAAUAAAGUGUCGAGUCGAGUGCUGGCCGUCUCCUUCUCUGAAGACAGCAGCUACUUUGUUACUGCAGGAAACAGACAUGUGAAGUUCUGGUACUUGGAUGCCUCUAAGGAGAGAAGGGUGAACAGCACGGUGCCUCUGAUUGGUCGAUCAGGGUUGCUAGGAGAACAUCAAAACAGUGAAUUCUGUGACUUGGCAUGUGGUCGGGGUACCAUGGCGAGCAGCACAUAUUGUAUAACCCACACAGGUCUGCUGUGCCAGUUCAACAGCAACAGACAGCUGGAUUUAUGGGUCGACCUCAAAACGACGUCAGCACGAUGCCUGUCAGUAAGCGAAGCCUUCAUUUUCUGUGGAUGUGCAGACGGCACAGUGCGGGUUUUUAGCCCACAAAAUCUGCACUAUGUCACAACUCUGCAUAGACCCCACUGUCUAGGAGUGGAUGUCUCACAAAGCAUACAAACUGGGCAUCUGUUCAAAUCACUGCCAGAUGCUGAAUAUCCAGAUACUCUGGCUCUCACACACGACCCUGUAUCUGGCCACUUGACGUGUGUAUAUAAUGACCACAGUGUGUAUGUGUGGGAUGUGCAUGACAUCAGCAAUGUGGGGAAGGUCUACUCUGCCCUCUAUCACAGCGGCUGUGUCUGGAGUGUUGAGACCUACCCGGAGUUGGAGAAUUCAGCUGCGACUCUGUUGCCUGGUUCUUUCCUCACCUGCUCGUCUGAUAACACCAUUCGCCUUUGGAACAGUGAAUUUCAGCAGAGCCGCAACCAGAACAGUGACCUACGCCACAGUCUCUACAGUCAGGACCUGGUGAGGAUUGUGUAUGUGGAUAAGGACACUGGGCACCUAAAAGCUCUGGCUGAGAGAGGAGAGGGCAGCAUGGAUGGCAAAUUUGGAAUCCGAGUGUUGGGAAUCAGCCCAGAUGGGCAACACCUGGCAGCUGGAGAUCGGAGUGGGAACCUAAGGAUUUUUGACCUCCAGUUCAUGGAUGAAGUCCUGAAGAUCGAGGCCCAUGACUCAGAGGUCUUGUGUCUGGCCUUCUCUCCUGCUGAAACUGGGUUUCAGCUGCUUGCCUCCGCCAGUCGUGAUCGGCUCAUCCACAUUUUCAACAUGGAGAGUAAUUACAGUCUAGUACAGACUGUUUAUGAUCAUUCAGCAUCUGUCACUGCCAUGAAGUUUACAGGUGUGGGUUCAAAGGUGUGCAUGGUGAGCUGCGGCGCUGACAAGAGCAUCUACUUCCGCUCUGCUGAAAAGUCCUCGAACAGCGUAGCUUUCUCAAGAUCUCACCAUGUGGUGGAGAAAAGUACGCUGUAUGACAUGGACCUGGAUGCCACAAGCACACACACUGCUAUUGCCUGCCAAGACCGCAACAUUAGGGUUUACAAUGUAAAGAGUGGGAAGAUGAAAAAAUGCUUUAAAGGUUCUGCAACUGAUGACGGCACUCUUCUCAAGGUUCAGCUGGAUCCUUCUGGGACAUUCUUGGCCACCAGCUGCUCGGACAAAAGUAUCUGUAUUUUUGAUUAUGAGUCUGGGGAGUGUGUGGCAACAUUAUUUGGGCAUUCUGAAAUUGUUACUGGUAUGAAGUUCAGUCAGGACUGCCGACACCUAAUCACUGUGUGUGGUGACAGCUGUGUGUUUGUGUGGAGACUGUGCUCUCAGAUGACUAAUUCCAUGAAAAAGAGACUUGCUGAGAGAAAGCGGAGAGCAGGUCAGAGGAACAUGAACAGGGUCACCAGCAAAGACCAAGUAAUCAGGAGGGAGACUUACAUUGCUGUGCCCCGGGUGGAGCUGGCCCAGACAGAGGAAGUAGAUGAAGAUAGCUCAGUGGAGGGUAAUCCCCAGACCCCAGCUAGGAUGGACACCAGUAUAGAGAGUCUAGAUCUUAUGAUGCUACAGUCCAAUGGCCGUCUGCCCAUGUGGGCCCGCAGACUGGGUGCUGGAGUUAGCAGCAGCAGUACCAAUCCCACUGGACCUAGUGUCACUCAGUACCAGCCACAGGGGCGCUGGGCUUUGCGUGCUGAUCCACUGGCUGUUCGGUCACUGUUAGAGAAGUGGAGCCUUCAGCUGCCUCUCUCCCACACUCCCAGUAGAGCAGAGGAGGAAGAUGAGUAUGACUGUGAAGAACAUGAAGAUGUAGACUUUCAUCCUCAGAGUCUGGACAGUCUUCUAGGUGAAGAAGAAGAAGAGGGUGAUGUUGAAGAGCCUGAUGAUAUUGAGCAGGUGUCUGAACAGUUCAGUUCUGUGCUUCAGGAAACAGAUUUGCAGUUGCUCAGCUCUUCAGAAAACAACGACUAUAUCCUCUAUCCAGCCAACAGCACUGCUCUCUCCACUGCUGCCGGGGAGUUUGAUGUGAAGGGACUUUGUGAGGCUGUGGAAACGGAUCAGGAAGAAGAGGAGCUGAGUGCAGACAGUGCAUGCUCAGCUGAGAGUGACCAGGUGCACAGCGACCAGGCCCAUGACCAGGACACUGACUCGCUCAGUCAGGCGAGCUCUAUGGGUAGUUCUGGAGUGGAGGAAGAGGAGGAUGAAGAGCCUGCAAAUCUAUUACAUCAGCACUUUGACACUCUAGCUGUGGCUGCUAACGAAAAGUUUAACACAGACCUGCGGACUCUACAGCCUACCAGUGAGAGCAACUUCCUAAACCCUCGUCUAAGCCUCUCUUCUCGCUUCCUCUCGCGCUUCCAAAGCCGCAUUCGUGGUGCAGGAGUAGGAAGUGGUGCUGCGUACCGGCCCGGGGCUUGCUUGCCCAGCAUCCCAGACGAGUCUAACAUUAGCUCUGCGAGCCACAAUCUAACCAAGGACAAUUCCAUGCUGAUCACAGAGGCUUGUGGACCCAAUACCACAAAAAAUGAUGAACAGAAGAAACAGAAAAGUGAUAUGACCGAAAAGGCAGCAGUUUCUCAAGCGACUGUCCAAAAUGCCACCAGCAAUCCAAGCAUUUUUGAGGCCAAACAUACCAGCCUCACAUCUGCAAAAUCGGUCUCUUUCAGUAUGGGUACCACAAAAUUUUCCAGCCUAAGUGACUCGGCUCCUAUUGCCAGUUCCUGUGCCAAAAGAAGCUUCAUGGAUGAGAACCUCAACGUAUGCCCAGUGAAUGAGAAUCACCGUGGAGCUGAGGUGCUCAGGAAUGUCUCUUUGUCUAACCAAGACCUCAGUGUGAAUCUUGACUGUAAGGAGAACCUUCCUCCACCUCCACGCACUUGUUCCUCUAAGGGGCUUUCUCCCAUGCCUGAAAAGCCAGCUCCUCCUCCAGCACCCCCUGCUCUUGGUAAUCACAGUGCCCGGGCGGCGCUCCACUUGGACCUAUCUGGACCUGGCUGUGUCAGCCUGCCACCUGCUUCGCUAAAAUCUCUCAGGAGUCAAGUGGAGCAUAUUGACCCUCUUUGUAGACAGGCUUUGGUGAGUCCGACAGAGAUGCGGUCGCUUGGAAAAAACAGUCGAAGGCGGAUCAAUAGUAUUGAGGAGAGUCUGACACCAAAGUCCUCCAGCAGGCUCACAUCUGGACCUGUGACGUCUCCAGCAAAAGGCAGUCCUCUUGCAGCACCAAGGAAGAGCUUUGGAAAUGCACAAUCACUGUCUAUGUGCACCAAGACCAAAUCAACCCCAUUAAAGGCCACAUCAGAGGGAGCAACGCCUGUAGACUCUGAUGAGACAAUGAGUGUGCAGACAUGUAAGGAGAUUGUGAGAAAGCUUCAGGACACCAUGCAGAAAGCAGUUGGCUUUUACUGCAAGCUUCAGUCCACCAGUGAGCUCUCAGAGCCGCAGGUGCAGAUGAAGUGCAUCCUGCAGGAGGCCUUUACUGGGAUUCAGCAAGACCUGGAUGUUGUGUGCCCCCAGAACCCCUGUUCUGCCUCUCAGACAUCUUGCAAACCUCCUGAAGAUUCCCCCAGCCGGCAGCUGAGGGACGAGCGGGCCAUGGCCUUGCUGGAAAAGUACUCUGAGAUGCUUCUGUCACGCAUGGCAGAGAAGAAGACUGACUGAAAUCACACAAAUCUUGGUUGUGAUAAGAGUGUUUCUGAAAAUGUAUUUACCAUUGAAACAAUUUUUUUUUUUUCAUAUUACAGUGCCAAAUCACUGUUUGAAAUUAUUUCAAGUGUGUUCAGUAUUUCAUUUCAAAAGUCCUUAGCGUUUCAGCCCGCAUGAUAAUUUAUUACCACACAGUGAUUUAUUACUAAACAUUAAUAAUCAUAUGUGAUUGUUUACUAUUUUAAUACCUAUUUUAAACCUAUUUUUUUUUUACAUAACCCUCCAUGUUUUUUUUGUUUUUUUUUUGGUGUGUGGCUAUUAGGUUCAGACCGGGACACUGUGCUUACUGUCAAACUUUGGUCUUUUCAAAAGAGUUUGACUCUCUUUCUUUAAAAGAAAAUCGUAAUUUUAUGAAAUUCAGUAUUACCCGUAUUUGUGUUUUAGAGUUAGUUGUCAUGAGUUUGGUGUUGCUGUUUUUAGUUUUUGACUUAGUUUACCAUCACAGUUUAAACUGUGAUAACACCAGUGUCACCCAAUCACAACCACCUGUUUUUGCUUUGUGUCGACCCUCAGGACGACUGUGUUGCACUAUUCCUGUUGAGUUUUCACUUUGUGUACGUUGUGUAAUGGACAUGGCAAGUUACUCAUGCCCAUGCUUUGGCUUUGUCCACUCUCGGCUUUUUACCUUGUACAAGCUUGUAAAUGCAUUUUAACCUGUUUUGUUUUUCAAAUAAAUAUUUUUCAAGAA